AUGGAAAGCAGCCUCUUUUUCUCCGACGAUCCCCUCGUGCAGCAAGCAAACCAGGUGGUGUUUGAUGUAAUGGACGGGAUAGAGGAGCCGCACCUUGGGGCCAAGCGCAUCGACGCCAUAAUUCGUCCAUACUUCUUGACUCCCGAGGAAAAGCGGAAGAGGCGUGAACCUCUAGAGCCGUUUUGGGAGGAGGUAAGUUCGACUGCCGCUGCCACGGGCUACGAUAGUCAAGGGCAGGAUAGAUUGAUUCAGCUCAUGUGCAAUUUGAGUCAGCUUCCGCCGCUCAAGGUCACUUGGUACGGGGCACGUCUGUGGACAAGCUUUCCUAAGUUUGGGCGGGUGAUGCGAGAGGACUUCCCAAACGCGCUUCCUGAAAUUGAUCCCGAUCCGACGGCCAAGUGCUGCGGACGCCUCCACAUUCCACAGGAUGCCCGGUGUCCCGUGGGUGACGCCAAGAAGCCGAAGAAUGAUGCAUGGAUCGCGGUAGACCUGAACCGGGACUCCUUCAUGGCCAGAGUUCUCGGACAUCAGCUGCGGCCGUGGAAGCAAUUCGCCAUCUGGCAGCUGCGAUCCGCGCUCGAGUGGCCCCAUGUAAACCCUCGUCUCGUCGAUCACCAUCUUGCUAUCGUGCGUGAAUGGAUUUUCCAUGCGGGCUACGAGCUGUAUCGCCAGCGAUACGAAGGCGUUCUCGAACCGGAUGAGGUCCGUCGCACACAGCCGGGGCCCCUCUACCGUGGUAGGGCGGAUAUCCCCCGCGAGCGGUGGAUCUUCUGGAAAGAACGCAUUGCGGAGCUCGCGAAAUUCGCCUCCGAUGACUUUCAGAAGACCGCGGCGGCCCUGGUGGAUCGGAUGAACAAAAUUGAGGAGGAUCUGCAUGAUACCCCAUUGUCGCAAAAGACAAACUUGUGUUAUUGA